AUGAUUUACAAAGUAUUCAAAUAUAUAUAUAUAUAUGUAUAUAUAUAUAUAUAUAUAUUUUAUAAACCUUUAUGUUCCCUUUAAUUUUUUUAUCAAAACACAUAUUGUAUACAAUUGUGUCUUCAUCCUUUUUAAGUUUUUUCAUACAUUUUUUCACAUGAUAGUUAUCUUCAACCACUUUUUGAACAAAAUGCAAUUUUUUUUUGCAUGAUAUAUAAAUUUUUUUCCUAUUUAAAACAUAAUAUUAAAAUUAUUAGUUUAUAAUUUUAAACAAUUAUAAUUUAUAUGUUGGUAAUUGUUAUUUUGUAUAUUUAUCUACCUGCUUUAUUUAUUGAAAAUGAAUAUUCAGAAAAUUUAAUAUUGUAAUUAAUAUAUGUUGAUUUACGUUAAUAUGACCCGUGUCAUUUAUAAUAUUUUUUUUUAAUUUUUGGCAAAGUUAUUAUAAAAUACCAAUACUUAUUAUAUAAACUAACACAUUACUUAAAUAAAACCAAUAUUUUUUAAAGUAAUCCCACUUUGAGAUGAAAAGACACCUUGUUUAGAUGAAAAGUUGCAACUUUGACAUUAUUUUUUUCACCAUUUUAUUAUUAGUAGAUUAUUGAAAAUUUGAUUUGAAAAAUGCAUGGGAGAGACUAUUUAUAGAUUUUUUAAAGCUUAUUUGAAUAGUCACAACCCUUCAAUAUGAGUAGUCACAUUCUUCUAAUACUCACAACUUCUCACUUUUUAAAAGAUACUAGUGAAUAGUCACAACUUUUAGACUAUUUUUAGAAGGACACAACCUUACAACAUAUAACUUUUAGAAAAGACACAACCCUCUACACAUAUUUUUCAAAAGACACAACCUUUCAACAUAAUUGAAAUUCACAACCUUAGGAAUUAAUUAGAAAAGACACAACCUUACAACAUAGAACUUUUAGAAAAGACACAACCCUUUACACUACUUUUUCAAAAGACAUAACCUUUCAACAUAAGUGGAUUCACAACCUUAAAAAUUAAUUGGAAAAGACACAACCUUCCAACAUAGAACUUUUAGAAAAGACACAACCCUUUACACUUCUUUUUCAAAAGACACAACCUUACAACAUAAGUGGACUCACAACCUUUAGAAUUAAUUGGAAAAGACACAACCUUCCAACAUAGAACUUUUAGAAAAGACACAACCCUUUACACUUCUUUUUCAAAAGACACAACCUUUUAACAUAAGUGGACUCACAACCUUUGGAAUUAAUUGGGAUUGCUUGUAUACAAUUGUGUCUUCAUCCUUUUUAAGUUUUUUCAUAUAUUUUUUCACAUGAUAGUUAUCUUCAACCACUUUUUGAAUAAAAUGCAAUUUUUUUUUGCAUGAUAUAUAAUUUUUUUUCCUAUUUAAAACAUAAUAUUAAAAUUAUUAGUUUAUAAUUUUAAACAAUUAUAAUUUAUAUGUUGGUAAUUGUUAUUUUGUAUAUUUAUCUACCUGCUUUAUUUAUUGAAAAUGAAUAUUCAGAAAAUUUAAUAUUGUAAUAAAUAUAUGUUGAUUUACGUUAAUAUGACCCGUGUCAUUUAUAAUAUUUUUUUUUAAUUUUUGGGAGAGUUAUUAUAAAAUACCAAUACUUAUUAUAUAAACUAACACAUUACUUAAAUAAAACCAAUAUUUUUUAAAGUAAUCCCACUUUGAGAUGAAAAGACACCUUGUUUAGAUGAAAAGUUGCAACUUUGACAUUAUUUUUUUCACCAUUUUAUUAUUAGUAGAUUAGUGAAAAUUUGAUUUGAAAAAUGCAUGGGAGAGACUAUUUAUAGAUUUUUUAAAGCUUAUUUGAAUAGUCACAACCCUUCAAUAUGAGUAGUCACAUUCUUCUAAUACUCACAAAUUCUCACUUUUUAAAAGAUACUAGUGAAUAGUCACAACUUUUAGACUAUUUUUAGAAGGACACAACCUUACAACAUAUAACUUUUAGAAAAGACACAACCCUCUACACAUAUUUUUCAAAAGACACAACCUUUCAACAUAAUUGAAAUUCACAACCUUAGGAAUUAAUUAGAAAAGACACAACCUUACAACAUAGAACUUUUAGAAAAGACACAACUCUUUACACUACUUUUUCAAAAGACACAACCUUUCAACAUAGGUGGAUUCACAACCUUAAAAAUUAAUUGGAAAAGACACAACCUUCCAACAUAGAACUUUUAGAAAAGACACAACCCUUUACACUUCUUUUUCAAAAGACACAACCUUUCAACAUAAGUGGACUCACAACCUUUAGAAUUAAUUGGAAAAGACACAACCUUCCGACAUAGAACUUUUAGAAAAGACACAACCCUUUACACUUCUUUUUCAAAAGACACAACCUUUCAACAUAAGUGGACUCACAACCUUUGGAAUUAAUUGGGAUUGCUAUUAUUAGUAGAUAAGGUAAGUACAGAAACAAUUUUUUCUGUUAUAUUUAUUGUUCUAAUAAUGUACUAUACUAAAGUCUAAAUUUUAAAAGAAAAUUUACAGCUCAGAAUCUGUUCACAUCAUGAUCCGUCCAUUGCUGUUUUUUCUUACAGUUAAUGCUAUUGUUUUAUCUUCAAUUGUUAUCUUUGGUUGGAAAGAAAAUAACCUCUAACCAUAAACACUUAUAAUCUGCCAACAACCAGAAACUAAACCAACUUCUUUGCAAUAUAAGUUGCGAUUCAAAUUCAAAAUAAUCAUAAUCAAAAACAAAGAAACACACAAAAACAAAAUGGCGAGAUCUAUCUAUUUGUGCACCUUCUUAUUAUUCAUUACUUGGAUUCCAAUUCUAUCCACAAGCUUUCCGCUCUCCACAAAAACUCGAUGGAUCAUAGACGAGAAAGGCCAAAGGGUGAAGCUAGCCUGCGUGAACUGGCCCGCUCAUCUCCAGCCUGCUGUGGCUGAAGGUCUAAGCAAACAGCCAUUAGACUCCAUUUCCAAGAAGAUUGUCUCGAUGGGAUUUAACUGCGUUAGGCUCACUUGGCCUCUUGAUUUGAUGACUAAUGACACACUGGCUCUUAAAAUCACGGUCAAACAGUCUUUUGAAAGCUUGAAGUUGUUUGAUGAUGCUCUUGGGAUUCAAACUCACAAUCCCAAAAUCCUUAAUCUUCCCAUAUUCAAUGCAUUCCAGGAAGUUGUAUCGAACCUUGGACAAAACGGAUUGAUGGUGAUACUAGACAACCACUUGACAUAUCCAGGCUGGUGUUGUAGCGACAACGACCUCGACGCUUUCUUCGGCUACCCUAACUUUGAUCCCGUCAUUUGGGCCAAGGGCUUGGGCAAGAUGGCUACUCUUUUCCGCAAUGUUACUAAUGUCAUUGGCAUGAGCCUUAGGAACGAGCCACGUGGUACUAGAGAUUACCCUGACCUCUGGUUCAGGUUCAUGCCAAAAGGAGCAGAAGCAGUGCACGCCGCAAACCCUGAAGUAUUAGUCAUCCUCUCCGGCAUAGACUUUGACACAAACCUCUCUUUCCUCCGUGACCGCUUCUUCAACGUCAGCUUCACCGAUAAACUCGUCUUCGAGCAGCAUUGGUACAGCUUCUCCCACGAGGGAGGCGCGUGGGUAAAACACAACUCCAACGAUAUUUGCGCCAAAAUCAUCGGGGAAGUCAAUCAUAAUGGAGGAUUCUUGCUCGACAGAGGCUUUCCUUUGAUUUUGAGUGAGUUUGGGACUGACGAGAGAGGCGUUGACGUCAGCGGAAACCGGUAUAUGAAUUGUUUGGUGGCUUGGGCUGCUGAGAAGGAUUUGGAUUGGGCGGUUUGGGCAUUAACCGGAGAUUAUUACUUGAGAACCGGUACAAAACAUAUGGUUGAGACUUAUGGCGUUUUGGAUGCUACUUGGAAAAACGUCAGAAACUCUACUUACUUGCAGAAACUCUCCGGAAUUCAACAUCCAUUUAGAGGACCCGGUUUACAAGAGAAAAAACUUGUUUUGCACCCAUAUACUGGCUUAUGUGUCACCACCAACCACUCAGGCAAUGUACCCACACUUCGACUUGAACUAUGCACUAAAUCCGAGCCAUCGACCUUUAAUCCCAAGGAAGGCAUUCUCUGGAUCAGUAAAAUGUGCGUUGAAACUCCAGAUGUUGCUGGACAAAAGGUGAAGCUUGGAGUUGGCUCUAAGUGCUCUAAGUUGGGACAAAUCUCAGCUACUAAGAUGCAUUUGUCGUUUAAGACAAGUAAUGGCUUGUUACUAUGUCUUGACGUGGAUGAACGUGACAACAGCAUUGUCGCAAACCCUUGCAAGUGUUUGACUAAGGAUGCUUCGUGUGAUCCAGCGAGCCAGUGGUUCAAAGUUCUUUAAAUUCUAUAUAUUUUAUUCUGAUAUAAAGUAUUUGUAAUAAUUUUACGGUCAAACAUGUUAAUCAUUAAAAUUUAAUAAAAAAGUCGUGAUUGGACAGAAAUCAUAAGGAAACCAAAGAAAUCAAGUUAGCAUACUAUUACUAUAUAUGAUGAUGGGAAAAAAAUGUCAUAUCCAUCUGUACUACUGCUAUUAAACCUAAACUGAAGAAACCGAGCCCCAAUAUGUUUGUUUACGUGGUAACUUCUUCUCUCCACAUGUCAGUCAACUUGGCCACCGAGAGUCACGAGUCAUGCUUU